AUGUCUGACUUUGCCUUACCGAAGCUGAGGGCAGAAGAUCUGAAAAUUCAAAGCAGAGACACGCAGCUGCAGGGUCGGUGGCUGAUGGUGCAAAUGGAGCGCAGUGAGACCGUGUGCCGUUACUGCGGCGUAAGCUACCUCAUCUUUCACGAGUUCCAUCAACUCCAGACUCAGCUUUCUCAGUUAGAGGCCGAGCUCCAGGACCUGAGACAGACCACCCAGAGAGAAAAGGCCCAGCGUGAGGCCCUGGAGCUGGACAGGCUGGAGUGGGAGAAGACACUUCACCUGCAGGUGCAGAGAGAAGCAGAAAUCAGGGAAACACACACCAGAGAAGAGCUGGAAGAAAGGAACCGUGACAAUGUGAGAGCUCUGAGAGAGGAAUUUGAGGCGAAAUAUGAGAGUCGGCAGGGAGAGAUGGAGGAGGAGUAUCGGGAAAAGUGUGAAGAGAGAGAGAGACGACUUAGAGGUGAGCUCGAAGACGUGGCCAUGAAGAAAGUGAGAAAGCAAAGGGAAGAGCUGGAGAGGGAUGCAAAGGGGAGAGAGAAGGUUCUGAGUGACUCACUUCAAAAGGCCAAUAAAAACGUAGAGGAGCUGAGAAAAAACCUUCAACAGCUGGAAGAGAGGUGA